AUGUCUGAGAACAUCGAUACCUACCGUACCCUACGGGACAAAAUCAUCAAGCGACCCAUCCCACACAGCUACACCAAAACUGGCCGACCCGAUUCCAUUCUCCCGACCAAGCCACUCUGCAACGAGAAGUCCAAGCAAAUGGCCAGACAAGCAACUGUUAGUAUUCUAUUCUUGAAUAUCAUUCCUUUCGAAGAUCAUAUUGAUCUUAACUAUACUAUAUAGGGAGAGAAAAACCACCGCGAAACCAGGAAGGUGCGCCGCGAAAACAAGCUUGCGCACCGCAAGCAUGCAAAAGACCCUUUGGCUGCCCCAACCACCACCACUGCCGAACCCGAGGAGAAGGAAGAGAAGGAAAAGAAGAAGCGAGGCAAUGGUCGAGCACGGAAGAGAAUUCCGUCUAAGGCGCAGAUGGGGGCCGAUGAGCGGGAAGAGGUAGAUAUGAAUGUUGGUAGGGAGGAAUUCGAAGUAGGUGGUGAGGAUUUCGCGGGAUGGAAAGACGAGGUCGUCUUAAGACUAAAGGAGAAUUGA